AUAAUCAAAUUUAUAUAUAAACAAACCACGCUAUAGCAUUAUGGAUGAUCUUUAUUACAGUCCAAACAAUAAUGAAACACUACAGAUUACUACUACUCUUAGAAGCUGGACUCCACAGACAACUGUUAUAAAAGAAAAAAGAAAAAUGGCUCUCACAAUAAGCAUUGCUUUGACUAUGAUGGACUCCACACCAAAAUAUGGAAUUGGACUAACUUUAUGUGACUAUACAUGUGCAGUUAGAGAACCUAGAGGAUUCCACACUGACUGUACAACCAGAGAGGAGUUAGAAAAAAUUGGAGUUGACGCGGCUUUCCAGUGGGCAACACGUUAGAGUGGGCACAUAAUUUCUUUUAGGAGUGAUUCAGAACCAACCUUGUUGUUGCUGAUAGGAAUGUAUGCAAAAGCUCUCCAACAGAGAUACAAGAUCAGUGAAGAUUUCGGAAACAAAGAAAAAAUUGAUAUAAAUUUUAUAGUCCAAGAUUUUACUUUAAUAAGGAGAGACAAUGUAUUUUGGGCUGCAAAAAUUGCUGUUUUUUGUAACAAAUUUGUGAUCAAACAUAGCUAGGUUGACCACAACCUCUGGGCAAUCUUGACUUAUCUAAAUAUGCAAAACUGAAACGUAGAUGUAAUGAUGUAUCGUUGCUCCAAUUAUAGAUCUAAUGGUACCUUUCUAUCAAUGUAUCGAGGAUCCUCAAUUUACUAAAAGAAAAAGGAAAAAACCUACAAUGCCUGUCAUUUCCAAAAAAUAUAAGUUAAAAAUAAUAAAAUCUAAAGGUUGUUAACGUUGUUAACUUGUGUAUGCAUGCAGAGGUUAACAUGCCUCUUAUAAGUACUCCCUCCGUCUCUAAAAGAUAGGUUUGUUUGGUUUUCACGAAAAUUAAGAAAACCAAUCAUUGUAACCACUUUUUCAUGUUUUUUCCUAAUCUAUCCUUGGUCCCCACUCAUUUGUUAUAAGAGAGAUGGGAGAGAGAAAUGGUCACCACAGAGAAAAGGGAGAGAGAGAAGUGAUCCCUCUAUGAAUAUACUAGUAAAAUCAUCACAUUUGACUUUCCACAUAUGGAAACAAGUCUAUUUUUUUGACAUAUCCAAAUAAGAAAAUAAGUCUAUCUUUUUGAGACGGAUGGAGUAUAAUAUUAAUACUUCGGGAAUAGAUUUAGUCCAAGUACUUUAAAAAAAAAAAAAAAAAAAAAAGAAGAAAGUGAGGACACGAUCUUAAAUUGGAGUGCUAAUGUCAUCUUGUUGAUGUCAAAUUGUCCAUCAACUAAAGUUGUAAUCUUCCGAGAAAUUAAUGUCGUUGGAUCCUGUGUGACUACCAAGUUAGACUCAAAAGUCUCAAGUCAAGGAUAGGUGUAUUUUUUUAAUUUUUCUUGGAUGAACUGGCUAGUUCGCUGAUAUUAACUUUCUUUCUCGUCCACAGUGACACAGUCCACAGCAAAAACGUGAACUUGCCACUAAUACCCAUACCCCCUUCAGUGGUAAAAUAAAUUAUCACCAAUAAAAUCCCCAGUGACACAGUCACAAAAUUGUAUGGCGGAAAGAACAAAAAAUGGAGCAAUAUAACCGAAACUGUUUCCUAUAUCUGGAAUCCACAAGUUUGUAAAUAAUCCACAGUAUUCUCUUCUUCAAAUGGUGAAGGUCCCACUGGAUCUUCUUCUCCUCUUCCCGGAGAGGGAGACAAAAACGAUAAGAGUAGUAAUCCGCAAUUCUCGUAGGUUAAUAAGAGUCCAACCAACCUUUAUUGUAAAGAAGAAACAUAAAUACGUUUCCCAAUUCGAAAACUAACACAGAAUCAAAUUAAAAACACACAUAAAAUCUUAGCGACUUUAAUUACCUCCAGAAUUUCCUUUUUAGAGAAUUUUCCCAAUAUCUUCAUCUGUUUCUAUCUAUAAAUAUAUUUUCUUUCUUCUUUUUUCUUAUCUCAUUCUGAUAUAUAUAUACCGAUCAUCUCAAUGCAUGAUAACAACGUUUGCUAAAGUUAUGACUGUUAGGAUUGUGUCGAUGGACAAUGUCAUCAUUCUUGGUUUGAUUUUAGAUUGAUUUUAGAUACUAGAUUUUAAGAUAGAGCUUAAUUGGAUUUCCUUAAAUCUAAUAUGAUGACUCUGCCUAAUGUUUGUUGUACCUCUCUUCUUUCUCUAGAUAAAUGGCGAUACUUGCACCGGCAAAUAGUAUGCAGAGCUUAAUACAGACUUCAGAAGUUGGUUGGAAUUUUUCAGUGGAAACAAAAAGACUUCAAGGAUUCUCCCUGACACAAAAAAGAACUUCCAUUAACAGGAAAAGGAAGAGAGUUGGAGAAAUACCGGUUUUUGAUGUUCCUAAGAAAGAACCGUGUAAUCAAAGGAGUGCAAGAGUAUCAAAAAUGGUUCUUUCUGAUGAGUCAGAAGAGGAGCAGCUUCCACCAAAGAAAAUGGGGGAGCGACAACGGUUUAAACGCGCAAAAUUGAGAAUGGUUCUCUCUGACGAGUCAGAAGAAGGGCAGAUUCCAUCAAAGAAGCAAAGAGUGCGACUGAGUUUUGAUAGCGAGGAAGUUACAAGGACUACUAGAAGGUCAAGAUGUUCAGUAGAGAAAAAUUCGGACCCAGAAAGUUUAACUUCUACUUCUUCUACAUCAGUUUCUUCCUCUUCUUCCUCUAGCAUAGCAGCAAAUGAGGAAAAUAUCGCGAAGACGCGCAGCAUGAGGAAAGCCAAGGCAAGAAAUGAUACAACAAAUAAGAAUGGGGAGAAGAAGCGAGUGAGGUGUCAUCAAUGUAACAGAAAUGACAGAAAAACUGUUGUUCAAUGCGACAAUUGUAAACAAUCACUAUACUGUAUCCAGUGCAUCAGGAAAUGGUAUCCUGAGUUAUCAGAGGUGGAAAUUUUUGAGACUUGCCCACUUUGUCGUGGAAAUUGCAACUGCAAUCUAUGCCUAAUCAAACAUAGAGCUUUCAAGAGCACCCAAGGGGAUGUUGUCAAACCCAAAAUAAUCCAGCAUGCUCAGUAUUUGGUCCACUCUCUUCUUCCAUUUCUGAAGCAAAUUCAUGAAGAGCAGUCUUUGGAGAUGGAGGUUGAGGCUGGAAUUCAAGGAAUAUCUUCGUCUGAAAUACAACUGACAGAGGCACCAUUUUACAGUGACGAGCGUGUUUACUGUAACAACUGUGCAACUUCAAUUGUUGACCUACAUAGGAGCUGCCAGAGCUGUACUUAUGAGCUGUGUCUUAGCUGUUGCCGGGAGAUUCGCAAAGGAAACCUUUUAGGUGGUGCCGAUGAAGUAUUAUAUAAUUACUCAUACCGAGGGUUUGACUAUAUGCACGGAGGGGAUCCUCUAUCAGAGUCAUCUGAUGUCAGCAGAUGCAUGGAUCAGGUUGAGACAUUUACUAAAUGGUAUUCCCAUGAUAAUGGAGCUGUUCCUUGUCCUCCAAAAGAAAUGGGUGGUUGUGGUAACCAAAUUUUGGAGCUUAAGAGAAUCUUUCCUAGCUAUUGGAUUCCGGAUUUAAAAAUCAAAGCCGAAGAAAUAGAAAAAACUUACGAGGUUGGGCGGUCUCUCACCCAUUACAACGUUAUUACUACCAACAAUGAGAUGCUACGAAGAGCAGCUUCUAGAGAAAAAUCUGAUGACAAUUUCUUAUAUUGUCCAUCUUCAAUGGAUAUACUAGAUCUGGUCAGCUUCCAAAAACACUGGAUUAAAGGGGAACCAGUAAUCGUUCGCAAUGUGCUUGCAAGGACAACUGGUUUGAGUUGGGAGCCAGACGUUAUGUUACGUGCAAUGUCUUGCAAUGUGGAUAUGGAAACUGGCGCAGAACUGUCAGAAGAAGUGAAGGUUAUCGACUGCCUUUCUGGUUGCGAGGUUCAAAUUAGCGCUCAACAAUUUUUCAAAGGGUAUACAGCUGGUAGGGCAUAUAAAAACUCCUGGCCUGAGAUGCUUAAGCUGAAGGAUUGGCCCCCGUCUGCUAAAUUUGAGGACUACUUGCCCCGUCACUCCGAUGAAUUCAUCACUGCACUACCAUUCCAAGAGUACACGGAUCCCACCCAUGGUUUACUUAAUCUAGUGGUAAAGCUGCCAGAUGAGUGUAUAAAGCCAGAUAUGGGACCUAAAACAUAUAUUGCUUACGGCAUUGCUGAGGAGCUUGGAAGAGGGGAUUCUGUUACCAAGCUUCACUGCGACAUGUCUGAUGCGGUGAAUAUAUUGACACACACAUCAGAAGUAGUUCUGACUGAGGAACAACGAUCCAUAGUGCAAAUGCAGAAAAAGAAACAUAGAGCCCAGGAUGCAAAGGAACGUCUAGGUCUAAGUCCAAUGGAUCAGGAAAUCCAACAUCGUAACAUCGCAGCUGAAACUAAUAGACCACGUGAUGAUGAUGAUGAUAUUGCAAACCCAACUUUCCCAGGCUUCGCUCCACCUGAAGAGGAAUCAGGUAGUGCUCUAUGGGAUAUUUUUCGGAGAGAAGAUGUUACCAAACUCCAAAGAUACCUUAGAAAUCACUCUAAAGAAUUCAGACACACCUAUUGUUCUCCAGUUGAGAAGGUAGUUCAUCCCAUUCACGAUCAAACAUUCUAUUUGACUAUUGAGCAUAAAAGAAGCCUUAAGGAGGAAUUCGGCAUCGAACCAUGGACAUUUGAGCAAAAAAGAGGGGAGGCAGUCUUUAUUCCUGCUGGGUGUCCACAUCAAGUCAGAAACCUUAAGUCGUGUACAAAGGUUGCACUCGAUUUCGUCUCUCCCGAAAACAUUGGUGAAUGCUUUAGAUUGAUGGAGGAAUUUCGGAAACUUCCCAAGAAUCACAGAGCCAGGGAAGAUAAGCUUGAGAUUAAGAAAAUCACACUUCACGCUAUCAACCAAGCAGUGAAGGAUUUAGAAGACCUGACCUGUUCAAAAAAGUAAUUGUUGCCUGUUCAAAAUAAAUAAAUUUGGAGGGCCUGGUGGCGUCUUGAAUGAAGUAGAGUACAUCUAGAGGCAAAACCUAAUUAUAUACAAAAGGUAUCCCCCCAGUUCUAGUGAGUGCUGCUCCCAGCCAGAUCAAUUUUUGAGUUCUCGUUUUAAUGUGGGAAAAUAGUUCAAGAGCAUUGUAAUUGAUAUUUGUAUAUAAUAUAGUAUACAUCUCUUGAACACCA